AUGUCCGCGAUGCGACCCGUAGUCGGCAGCGGCCUUGCCAGCUGCUGUACGAUUGUAUCCAUAUUUGGUGCUGUCAUUCUUGCCAUCUUCGGCUACGGCUUCCAACACAACUGGCCAGCGCUCAUGGGAAGCACCGAGGACCCCGAGGACGGAAACGCUGUCGGCGCGACAUGCUACAUCGCUGCAUUGAUCUAUAUUGCGUUCAUUGCGUUCUGCGGGUGUCAGCUUGGUGUCCAUAGAAGAUAUAGCCGCAUACGGCUAUAG